AUGAUGGACCUGUACCUCCCCCUCUCCUCCCCCAUGAUGGACCUGUACCUCCCCCUCUCCUCCCCCAUGAUGGACCUGUACCUCCCCCUCUCCUCCCCCAUGAUGGACCUGUACCUCCCCCUCUCCUCCCCCAUGAUGGACCUGUACCUCCCCCUCUCCUCCCCCAUGAUGGACCUGUACCUCCCCCUCUCCUCCCCCAUGAUGGGUCUGUACCUCCCCCUCUCCUCCCCCAUGAUGGACCUGAACCUCCCCCUCUCCUCCCCCAUGAUGGACCUGAACCUCCCCCUCUCCUCCCCCAUGAUGGACCUGAACCUCCCCCUCUCCUCCCCCAUGAUGGACCUGAACCUCCCCCUCUCCUCCCCCAUGAUGGACCUGAACCUCCCCUCUCCUCCCCCCAUGAUGGACCUGAACCUCCCCCUCUCCUCCCCCAUGAUGGACCUGAACUUCCCCCUCUCCUCCCCCAUGAUGGACCUGAACCUCCCCCUCUCCUCCCCCAUGAUGGACCUGAACCUCCCCCUCUCCUCCCCCAUGAUGGACCUGAACCUCCCCCUCUCCUCCCCCAUGAUGGACCUGAACCUCCCCCUCUCCUCCCCCAUGAUGGACCUGAACUUCCCCCUCUCCUCCCCCAUGAUGGACCUGAACCUCCCCCUCUCCUCCCCCAUGAUGGACCUGAACCUCCCCCUCUCCUCCCCCAUGAUGGACCUGAACCUCCCCCUCUCCUCCCCCAUGAUGGACCUGAACCUCCCCUCUCCUCCCCCAUGA